AUGACCAGCAGCAGCAGUAGCAGUGUCAACAACAAGAGGUCCCAAUUGACCCGUCGUGUCGUGCGUCGCCCGCUGCAGUUCGUCUCGCCCGCCAAAGAACAGCAGUAUCGCGCCGACAUGGACCACGUGCAGCAGUACAUUUGCGCACAGGUUGGGGGCCUGGACGACGUCUCGAGCCAACUGCUCGGCGUGCACGACAGUCGCUCGUGCAGCUACUACGAAGAGAUCCAGGACUUUCUCGACCGCAAGCACCAGCUCGAGCAGCAGCAGCAACAACAACAGCAACAACGGCCACAGCCGGUGAAGGGGCAGAGCGCUGAGCGCGUGCUCAUCCGGGGCCUCGACGAGUUUCUGAACGAGCUGGACCCGAGUUUGUUCACGGACCCUGUGUCGAGCACCCCCCAACGCCUUGCGGUCGCCAACUUACCGGUGCACAGCAGCUACAUUCGUCGUAAACAAGAGGAAGCGAUGCUGACUCGUCUGUGGAGCAAGCACAACGCCGUCGAGACGGACCGCUGCACGGCCGCUCCGAUCUCGUGGGCUGGCGCGAUCAAGCGCCAACGGGUCCUGUAA